GCGAAGGUGAUGGCAGAGUAGCAACCAGUAGGUAGUACAAACGAAAGUAGUCCCCACCCAGAUUUGGCAGAUUCUCUCAGUUCCCCACGGAGCGCAGCGCAGAAGCAUAAACACACAACAAAAGAGGAGUCGUGGUGCGUUCCCCUCCUCUACAAAUUCACCCCAUUUUUUCUCUUCCACAAAUCAGAUUCUCUCCCCGCACAAACAAUGCCAAACGCUGUCUAAACCCUACCCCUCUCUCUCUAUCUUCACUGCUUCAUGGACUGUGUAGCAUACAUAUUUCAUCGUUCUCAAUCUUCGCCCUAUGGCUCUCCUCUUCUUCCCGCGCUCUCUCUCAAUCGCCUACGCGCAAAACGUCGCCUCUGUUCCCCGGAGGAAAAGGUGCAGUUGCUCUUUCUCUGCACGAGCACCUUUGACUACAACCAACGGACGUUGCAGUGGUGGCUCCGUGAUUAUCUGGUUCAAGCAGGAUCUUCGUGUCGAUGAUCAUCCUGGCCUUGUAGAAGCUUCUAAAUAUCCAUCCUUAGUUCCUCUUUACGUUUUCGAUCACCGGAUUCUUUCUUGUUAUUCUGAUGAAAUGCUAGAACUUGUUCUUUUUGCACUGGAGGAUUUAAGGAAGUCCCUAAAGGACCAGGGAUCUAAUUUGAUGAUCAGGUUUGGGAAUGCAGAGAAUGUCAUAAGAGAUCUUGUACAGGAGGUGAAGGCUACGGAUAUAUUUGCUGAAGAGGAGGUAGAGUACCACUUGCACAAGACAGUGGUAAUUGUGGAAGAAACCUUAGUAAGGUCACCUCUUUUAGAUGGGAAUCCAAAGAUGAUGCUAUGGCGGACUCCAUUUUAUGAUAUUAAGAAUCUAAAGGACUUGCCUGCAUCAUAUUUUGACUUCAAAAGACUUCAAUUGCCCAUAACUUCACCUCUUCUGCUCCCAACCUUACCUGGUGUAGCAAUGGAAUUGGAAUGGGGCUCUCUGCCCACAUUGGAUGAGUUGAAGAAAUUUAUGAAUGAAAAUCCUUUGAAAUUGAAAGAAAGCUGGACUUUGAUCAAGGGGAUGUCAGCUGAAACUGUAUUGCAGAAGAAGCUGUCAAAGUUGAGAGAAACAGAUCUAAAUAAUUUGAAUUUCAAGCAAAGUCAGAGGAAGAGACUGGAUAAAUCUGUUUUUGUCACACGAAAACAAAAUUUUGUGGGAGGUGGGACAAAGAGCAUACUGAAAGCAUUGGCUGCAUACUUAAGAUAUUUGGAGGGAACAGCUCAAGAUGAUUGGCAAGAGGUACAUGAGAAGUUACGUGAUGCAGAAAGUAGGGAUGGGGCUUCUUUUUUCACGCUUUUUGGUCCUGCACUUUGUCUUGGGAUUAUAUCCAGAAGGAGAGUGCAUUAUGAAGCAAUAAGAUAUGAGAAGGAAAGAAAUGCUGGAUUUCUGUCACCCUUUGGAUAUUCAACAAUCACUGUUGCUGCAGCUGCUGAUGCUGUGUGCUCAAUGGAGUGGUAUUGGCUUAUGGCUCUAAAAGGUCAAAUAAAUGUUGGAGGAACAUAUCCUAUUCGAAUAUGGCGAUGGAAUGGCUAUCUAAUACAGUAUACAAUUGUUGGUCAUGAAGGUCCUGCUGUUCUCCUUGUUCAUGGUUUUGGUGCAUUUUUGGAGCAUUACCGUGAUAACAUAAACGUUAUAUCUCAAGGUGGAAACCGAGUUUGGGCAAUCACAAUUUUGGGAUUUGGCAAAUCAGAAAAGCCAAAUGUUGUAUACACUGAACUUCUGUGGGCUGAAUUGCUUAGAGAUUUUAUAAUUGAAGUUGUGGGUGAACCAGUGCAUCUUGUUGGGAACUCCAUCGGUGGCUAUUUUGCAUCCAUUGUUGCAUGUUGUUGGCCUGCUUUGGUCAAGUCAGCUGUCCUUAUCAACAGUGCUGGGGAUGUUAUUCCAGGAUAUGGUUAUCUACAAUUCACCAAAGAGAGACAAACAUCAGUGAUUGCACGGCUGGGUGCUCAGCUCCUUUUGCUUUACUUGAGGUGGAACAUGAGAACAAUAAUGAAGGAUUACUACCCAACAAAAACAGAAAGAGUUGAUGAUUGGCUUAUUAAUGAAAUGCUAAGAGCUUCCUUCGAUCCUGGUGUACCGGUGGUCCUGGAAAGUAUUUUCAGUUUGAAUCUUUCACUUGCGCUUAAUUAUCUUUUGGAAGGUUUCAAGGAAAAGGUUCUAAUCAUACAGGGAAUGAGAGAUCCUCUUUCCGACUCCAAGUCCAAAGUUUCCCUGCUCAAAGAGCAUUGUUGUGGAGUCGCAAUUAGGGAACUGGAUGUUGGCCACUGCCCCCAGGAUGAAAAGCCAGAAGAAGUGAAUCCAAUCAUUUGCCAUUGGGUACUGGUAGCAGAAAGCGAAAGUCUGGCGGGGAGCUUUUCAUAGUUCAUAGAGAAGCGAGUAGUUGUUGUACGUGAUAUUAAUUUCUAAUUAACAUUAAACCUUCAUUUUUUUUUUCUCAAACGGCCUACAACUGUUAUAACUAAUUUGAACCGAUAAAAAAACCUGUAGUAAGUGUAACAAUAUAUAAUAUAUCCAAAAAUAAGGACAUAAAUUUAAUUUUAAAUAA